AUGUCUUCAUUUGAUGGCAACUUCGGUACCGCCAACAACGAGCCACUGAGCAUCGAGACUCUGUUCGGGGCAAGCUGGCCUACAGUUCUCCAGGCGUGUUUACAGAACAAUUGCGAUGGAGACUUUCGACCCUUUCGGACUGCCCUCGCUACCAAUCAUGGCGCCAACAACCAGGCACAGUUGAUCUUUAGCGCCCUGGAAGAUGCGCUGAACAUCCUGGGGCAGGAUAUCAACGCCCUCAAGGAGCAGGUGAAUACAGGAGACGCGCUGAACGCGAACCUUCGGAGCCAGCUCCAGAACGUGCAGGGUCGUGUUGAGGCGUACGAAGGCGGCAUCGGGAGCCUCGCCCGGUCCUUCGAGCAGGGCAUUCAAGGGUUCACCAGUGCGGCCAGUACCAGAGAACCAACCCAACCAUUAUCCCUGGUGGCCGACACCGACAGGUUUGACAGUGACGAAAAGGAUGACAAGAAGCGGCGGCGAGAGUUCAGGGCCUGGCAAGGCGGUGCCCGAAUGAAGAUCAACAUGGAGACCAAGAAGUACAAUACAGAGUACCACAAGAUCAUCUACGUAUGCUCUCGGCUGAGCGGCAGUGCGAGAAUAGCGGUGGAUUCAUACCUGAUGAAUAUCUACAAGAACCCGGGCAACUUGGCCGCAUGGGAGUGGGCAAACUCUGAAGCCCUCUUUGACUGGCUCGAGAGAGCAUACGACUCCCACAACCGGUCUGGCGAUGCCAGCAGGGAGAUGGAUGACCUGAAGCAGAAGAACACAGCCUUUAACGUCUUCCUGUCGGAGUUCUUAGCUCUCGCAGCCGACCUUGGCCUGGACGACAAGGCGAAGGUCGAGAAGCUAAAGAAAAAGAUGAACAACAAACUGCAGUCCGCGGUGAUCAGUGUCUUCCCGAAACCUCAAAACGAGGACUUCGAUGGAUGGGUAGAUUGCUACCGUUCUCUGACGGAAAACAUCAUGGACUACGCGCACCAUACAGGCAAUAAGAAUCCGUUUUUGAACAACCCCUUCAACAAGGACAACAAUAAGAACAAGAACGGCAAUAACAACCAGAACAAUCAGCACGGGAAUCACCAGCACGGCCAACAGCCCCCACGACCACAUACCCCGGCACCGGCAGGCGACCUCGUGGACCUCGACGCCAUCAAGUUCCGACGGCUGUUAGCUACCGAGAGGCAGAAGCAAAUAGACCAGUGCCUCUGCCUGUACUGCGGAGAGGGAGGGCACAUCAAGUCCGAAUGCCCUCAAGCACCGCGGUAUCCUCAGACAGGACUGCCAAGGAGGAACAGCGGCUUCAACCUGGAGAGACCAGGAUCUGCGCCUGCCGGCGGCAAUAACAACCCCUUCAGACAGCCUCACCAACAGGGCCACGCACAAGAUCUUCGCCUCUGA